UCAGACUUUUUAUAUGAUCACGUGUCAAGCACGCUUAUAUUUAGUGUUAUCUCUUGUGAAAGAUAUGCGUCUUCUAUGUACAAAUGAAAUUAAAGUAGUUAUGGUCAUUGGCCAUUCUUAUCACAGAUUUAAUUGGUACUGAAUCUGUAUUGUAAAUUCCCCAACAAGAACUAACUGAAAUUGAUUUAGUAAAAUCAUCAAUGGAAAAAAUGUCAACAAUUCAAUCUCAUGGAGUUGUGCCUGAUGUCAUCGAUGUUGUCCCACCAUAUCCUGUCCAUGUUUCCUAUGGCAAUGGAGUAGAUGUUGAUCAAGGGAAUGAAUUGACUCCAACCCAAGUACAAAAUGAACCAUUAAAAGUAGAAUGGUCUGCCAAUAAUCAAACCAACUAUACUCUUUGCAUGAUAGAUCCUGAUGCCCCUUCAAGAGCUAAUCCCACCCUAGGCCAAGUUCUUCAUUGGGUCAUCGUGAAUAUUCAAGGAAAUGCAAUCAAAACAGGGGAGGUUUUAGCGGAGUACAUUGGCUCCGGAGCUCCAAAAGGAACAGGCCUUCAUCGUUAUGUUUUUUUGGUCUACAAACAGCCUGGUCCACUCAACUGCGAUGAGCCGCGAAUCUCGAAUAGGUCACGUGAAGGUCGGAUCGGUUUUUCCGUUCGUAUGUUCGCAGCAAAGUACAAUUUGGGACAGCCUAUUGCUGCGAAUUUCUUCCAAGCUCAAUAUGACGAUUACGUUCCGAAGCUUCAUGAGCAACUAUCAGGAUAAUUUGGUUGUGAUAGAAAUGAAACUACUUUAAUGUCUACACAAACGCCUUGAAUUCCUGUUGUCUUUUGCCGUUUUCUUCGCUUUUUUUGUAGGAUUUCCGUUUUGCUGGAACUUACCAAUUACUUAGACAAGUAUUGUCAUAGAACUUAUAUUUCUAUUAAGUUUUGUGUGGAGAUUUAUUUUUCAUUUACAAAAAUGUAAUAACUUGUGAAAAUGACGAUUUUUUUUCGCCAAGCCAAGCAACAAAAAAUAUAUUUUGUGAAGCGGUUAGUGAAUACA